CUCGUUGAUUUCGCGCCUCGAUGGACUGCUUCGUUGCAUUGUCUGAUGUGAGAAUCCGUGUGUUACAAUGCUCGUUUAUGGGCACCAGUAUCCCGGUCAGCCUGCUGUGGUGGGACAGCCGGAGGCAACGGCAUGGAACAUUCAGUGCCACGAAAUGAACCAAAACCAGAUUCCGGAUAAUCGCAUGUGCACUCACAGUGGUUACAAUUCGAACUACCCUACAAAUCAGUGUUACAAUAACGAUCCAAAUCCGUAUAGUGUCCCGGCUCCGUAUUAUCCCCCACAAGAGGUUUACAAUUUAGGAGACGUCCAAGUGGGCUAUUUAAGGCAGCCCGUGAUACCGAACCUUCCGUGCCAACAAUCUCAACAGUGGGAUUACAGUUCUAUGUGCUAUAAUGUUGAUGGUCAGCCGUGCCAGUAUACGAAUGUUGUCGAUUUGGAAGAUUUUAUGAACAAUGAGAAACGCAAGGAGAAGUCGCGUGUCGCGGCCCGGUGCCGUCGCACCAAAGAGAUGCAGAUCUUUUCGGAGCUCACGGCGGCCCUGCCUGCAAAAAAGGAGGAAGUUGAGCAACUCGACAAAGCGUCCGUCAUGCGUCUGGCUAUAUCGUACCUUCGCGUACGUGAUGUAGUCUCGAUGCUUCCAGAUGUCAACUCGGAUCAAUCCAAGAUGCAGAAUCCCGAAGGCUUCGAAGAGUUAGCUUCAGAGCUGUCAUACAUGAGGGCUUUGGAUGGCUUCGUUCUGGUGCUCUCUCAACAAGGAGACAUCGUCUACUGUAGUGACAAUAUAGCCGAACAUCUUGGAGUUUCGCAGAUGGAGAUAAUGGGACAGAGCGUGUUCGAAUUCAGUCACCCCUGCGACCACGAUGAGAUCCGAGAGGCUCUACGUACAAACGGCGGUGCCCGUCGCGAUCUCCUGCUGCGUCUCAAGUGCACACUCACCAGCAAGGGAAGGAAUGUGCACCUCAAAUCGGCUUCGUAUAAAGUAAUCCACAUUACUGGCCACAUGUUGGCGUCGACUGAAGACAACGAACGUAACAAUAACGAAACCAAAGCCGACGAAGAGAAGAAAGGGAAGGCUGGUUGUCUUGUAGCAGUCGGUCGUCCCAUCCCACAUCCAUCCAACAUCGAGAUACCGCUCGACAGCAAAACGUUCCUGUCCAAACACAGCUUGGACAUGAAGUUCACUUAUGUCGAUGAGUCUUUGUUGAACACACUUGGCUUCGGUUCAGAAGAGCUGGUCGGACGUUCGCUGUACGAUUAUCAUCACGCAGCCGACAGCGCUUCCAUGAUACAACAGUUUAAAUCACUAUUCUCCAAAGGACAAUGCGAGACUGGACAGUACCGUUUCCUGGCGAAAUCGGGUGGUUACUCUUGGGUCCAAACUCAAGCCACCGUGAUCACCGACAAGCAGCAGAAACCUAUCAGCGUCGUCUGUGUCAACUACAUCAUAAGCGGUAUCGAGUGCAAAGAUGAGGUGUUUGCCGCACACCAAGUGCAGCACGCCGAUUUGAAACCGAAGCUGCCAGCUGUCGCGUCGCCGGGCGUCUCCUUCCGUGCACCCGUCGAACCGCUCGCUAACGGCGCUAUAGUCGCCAUCGUUCCGCCGGAGGAAGAACGACCUAUACCGGUCACGGAACUCAUAUUCGCACCGAGAAAGAAAGAAAUGAAUAAAGGCUUUCUCAUGUUCUCCCAAGACGAGGGACUUACAAGUGAGUGGCUGUUCAACCAAAGCUUAGUGCUUAAAGACGAGCCGGAAGAUCUGACACAUUUGGCGCCCACCGCCGGUGACGCUUGUAUUCCACUGGAGAACAGUCCUUUUGAUAUGUUUGAUGAGUUUAUAUUGAGCGAUAACUAUUGUAGUUUGCUCGGCGAUGAUUUAGCUAACGGAUCGCCGGUAGAUCCUCUAGCUCCCGAUCCCUCAUUACUAUCAUCGCCUGAAUCACAGGAAAAUGAUUCGUCUUGCGAACAAUCCUCAUUACUGACAGAGCUGUCGCUGGAUGCUUUCGAUAAUACAAGGUCGGACGAGAUUGACGACAGCAAUUCGCCAUUUAUACCUAUAAGCGAUGAGCUUCCCGUGCUGGAGCCGGCUGUCAUGUGGGGAGCCCUGCCUGACAGUGUUAGCCAGGCCAGACCGCAACCUUCCGAGACGCACACAUCACCGGCACCGGCAUUACAACGCUUACUCACGGGUCCGCCCCCUCAGGAUCUCAUUACCAGCAUAUACUCAGACCAAGGUCUAAUGCCAAGCAGAAGCAUAUCAACUUGGGAUACGGGAGUGAAACGAGUGAUGAAAGAGGAAGAAGAGCCUAGUGCCAAACGCGUGAAGCGUAGUCCCUCCCCAGUUGCACCAAAACCGAAAUCGCAAUCGUCGAGUGUCCUCAUGAACCUCCUGGACAUCCCUCAACAGUCCACGCCACAUAAGCAGCCCAUGAAAGCAAAUUAUCAAAUCUUACCAAACACACAAAUGUUAGGGCUCCAGAAUGUACUUCAUAGAAACAUGCAAGUGCCUAUCAUAAACAUAACGCAGGCCGUUCCUAACAAACAUGUGAUGCGCGCCAGCACUCCCAUCAAUCAAAUGCGAACAAACAUGACAACCGGCCCUAUGUCCCCGCUCAGUCUCAACAUAGGCAGCCCGAUGUACUCCCUGCCUUCCAGCCCUAACAGCUAUUCCAGUCCCGCCAUGAGCCCAGCGCAGAGAGAACGUGUUAUGAGUCCUUACUCCACACCACAAUCCUUAUCCCCAGUAGGUAAGUUCCAUCAAAUGUACAGCCCAGGGCAGAGGAUGGUGUCUCCAACCGGCGUCAUACAGGGAUCAGACCCGUAUCUGACGACGAAAAUGCAGCCAAGCCCAGGGUUCCCGAUGCAGGUGAACGAUAUUCUACUGGACACGAACGUGCAACUCCCAACAUCGGAUUUCUGGGCCGACCCGGAGUUUCUUCAGGGGACCAGCGACCUGUUAACUGCUUUCGAUGACGUCAAACUUGGGUAGACGCGUGCCGUUUUUAAUGUAUGUUGAACGUAUGAAUGUGGAGUGAUUUCGAGCUAGGAACACUGGUGAGAGGAUCAUUUCUCCUCCCCUUUUGAAUCAUUUUCUAUGUUUCGAAGGGUAAUGAAGCGUAUGAAAAAUAAAGAACUGAAUUAUGUAUGUGUGUACGAGAUUGAACUCACACAAACAUUCUGACGGAUGGAGUAAUUUUAUGAGUCGAAAUCACUCGAAUGAAUGCAGGGCCGAAAAUUGUAAGGAGCGGUAGGUAAGGCUUUCCAACCAAGAAGGAUUCCAGAAGGGUCUCUGUAUUUUUUACCAAAGUCUACUAUGAAGAAGAUCAUAGAUUUAAUACGAUUCAAUAAAGUCAGUCAUUGACUUGUGUAUUUGGAGUCCUUCCUAAUGCAAUAUCUUACAAGCCUUUCUCCGUCCGAUAUGUGACCCGUUACGAUCCCAUAUCAACAAUUGAUUUUAAUUGUUGACAUGUAAUUUUUAACUUUUUUACAAUUUAUAAAGAUCGAUUAUAACAAAAUCAGGGCAGAUGAUAAAGCUUAUUUGUUUUUAAUGAUUUGAACAAUUAAUAUUGAAAUUAUAUAGAAUGUUUAAAAUUAUAGAUUUAUUAUUAAUUUUUUUAUUAUUCGAUAAUCGUCCACGAAUAUUUUAAAAUAAUAUAACUUUAUUUCUGUCGUGAUUUUAAAAACUAUAAUAGUUUAUAUUAUGUUUAUAUUUUAUUGUAUAAGAAAAUUGAUUAGUUGAAACCAUUCGGUAACGUAUCACGUACAUAUAGUAUAUAUUAUGUUAGAUACAUCAAAAUAUUUUAAAUAACUUUAAUGAUCAAAAUUAUAUACUCAAUUAGAGUUAAGGAAAACGAAAUAAUAAAAAUCGAAACUUCUCAAUUGAGGUUAUUUUUUAAAUGUCAACCGAUUUUUUCACAUUAAUUUCUAUGCGAUGGUUAUAUAUUAAAUUCUUUUAUGACUACCUACUGCUACAGUGUGCUUAAUGCGAGUUUUUUAACGUUCUCGAAAGAGUAAAAGUUAACUAAAAGUUAACGUUUGCCUACGUUUGCCGCUAGAGUCGCUGUUCCAACUGCAUACAAAUUUGAGUUAACUAUUACGCUAUCGAGAACGUUAAAAAACUCGCACCAAGCACGCUUACCUCAAGAGGAUAUAUACUAGAUUUACCGAAAGUAUAGGCGAGCUCAGGUAGCUCAGCUCGGGAGACUUGGCUAACAUCUGCCCUAGCAAGAUUAGUGCUUUGUUGAAUCUACCACCGGAUCGGAAUCGCGACACACUGAGAAGAUCCGGCGAGAAACUCAGUGGCUUGUAACUGUGGUUUUAGCUCCACGACGAACCCUUCGUCGCAUUCGACGGGUUUGACGAUAACGAUGACCAGUGUGCUUAGUGCGAGUUUUUUGACGUUCUCGAUAGCGUAAAAAGUAGCUCAUAUUUGUAUGGAAUGGGAUCGUUUGCCUACGCUUGCCGCUAGGGGCGCUGUUCCAACUGCAUACAAAAUUGGGUUAACUUUUAUGCCAUCGAGAACCUUAACAAACUUGCACUUAGCACACAGUACAUGGAAUCGCUCGGUAAAAAAGAUUGAGUACCGCUGGCUUAGUGUUUAGUGAGUGAGCCUCACUACAGCAGCACACGUCUCAGGCACCAUUCCCAAUCGGAGUCAGUUUUUGUUAAAAUUAAGUAGUAUCUGAUGUCUGAGUUACUUGCUCAUUAUCUCGUAGUCAGUUUCUGGUGUUGAAUUUAGAACGUUUCAUCUGUUGACGUUACAUUGAUCAGUAAUCAAAUAUUAUUUUAUUAUUGGGCGGCGGAAAACGUAGACAAUUGUGGAGGUACAUUGAGUCGAUUACAAAAAUUUUAUAAGAAUUUCAAGGUAUACAUAAUUUUUACCUUAAAUCUUAUUGAGAAUCGGUACCACACCGUUAGCUAUCUACUUUUGCGUGAGCGUUUUCGGAACACCCUGUGCGGUCGAGUAGUACCAAACAUUAGUUAACUAAAUUCUUAACUCUAUACUAUAUAGUAUAAUGAGACCAGUCCGGAAAGCAAACCCAUAAAUGCAACAAAUUAAAAACAUACAUUGCUAAUGGUACUUGCAUUAGCAAUGUAUGUUUUUAAAUACUUGUUAAAUACUUGUCGUUUUAGUUAAUGCACUUUUUUUUUAACGCGCAAUGAAAAAGCGCGAGUGGCCCCCCGCUUCCGCACGAGGUCGUUGACCCCGAGUACUAGUUUUAAAAAAAAAAUUGUAUUACAUUGCGUGCUAUGCAAAAAAAAACAUUAAAACAUUUUAUUUUUCAAUCGCAGUCUUCGUUUUCCGCAACGUUCCCAAUACACCAUGAAUUAUUACGACAAAACAAUUUUCAAUGUCACACGAUCCGCAAACGGAUUUCGGGAAAUGAAAAUGAAUCGUAUUUCAUUUCAAUUUGCGUAAUGUCAUCAUAAUACGUUUUGUAAUAAUGAAAUGUUAACUUUACAACUGGUUGCCAAAAAAAAAAGAACUACUCUAUUAUUAUUAUCUAUAAUUAAGAAUAGAAAUUUAUUAACACGUGAAAAAUGUUAAAUAAAGCCUAAAAAUUCUUACACUUUUUAACGUGAAUCAUAACACGUAAUGUCACAUGUGGUCAAUAGGUUUUACGGAAUUUGAGCGGUAAAGAUUCGGUGUCACUUCAAGGGAAUAUUUGGAAGUUUUUAAAACUUAAUCUAUUAAAACUUGCUUUGGUUUCAUCUUUGUGAUAAAUAAAUAAAUAAUCUUGUUCAUAAAGUACAUAAAGUACAUACUUUUUUGUUGUGCAAAAAUUAGUUGAAACUUUAUGUCGUACUCCAAUUAUCUCUAAAAUUUUCGUACCAGCACUGAAAAAUAAAUAGACACAUACCAAAUUUUUUAAAAUUGAAAAAUGAUCAAUAUUGUUUUUGUAUACUUAGGUAUACUUAGAAUCAUUUCAUGAUUUGUCAUAUAAGUUCAUAUACAAAUACAAAAACUUUUCCUACAAUAUAAGAUAACAAUGAAUCAAAAACGACGUAAGAAAUUAAAUAAUCGUCAUAAUGUGAACUUUAUCGUGUAAUUACCGUAGCAGAUAUUGUAGAGAAAAACAAAAGCUCUAAUUGAAAUGAAGCGUAAAUGACGUAAAAGACCGAUGUAAAAGCUAUGAAUUAAAUUCUUGACGUUUUAAAGUCGGCUGCGCAUAUUUUGCAUUCCUUCAGAAUUUUUCUAACGCGAACCUUAGAGCAGGAUAAACGAUGAGUCAACGUGCCGACAGUUUGUGGGGUUAGUUGGUAUUCCCUCCGGAUUACCUCCAGGUGCGUGCCGAUAUUUGCCGGACAGAUCGCACAACAUACGCCUGUGCUAUAUAUGCCGUGAACGGGCUGUAUCAGUCAAUCACCAAAGCCGGAAUCCGCCAUAACCUAAAAUUAAUUACGGAUAAAACUAUUUGUUUUGCGGCCUCCUAACUUCAAAUAACGAUUUUGAAGCUCGUCUACCAUUUAUAAACAUGAAAUAUGUAAUACCAAAAAAAUAAAACACGUACCUAUUUUAAGUAAGUACAGAUUAAAAAUUAUCAUAGACACAACGUUUCGCAUCUUUUUGACAACGGCAAAACGUGCUAAAUACUUAUUAAAAGUUUUACAAGCUAUGAGAAGGAAACUUAUUUGGUGUUGGUUUUACUUUUGAAACAUCAUCAUGUCGCUUGUGUGUAUGGCUUGUGUUUACAUCGAUUGAUUACUCUGUGGAUUUGCUAAUAAUAAACUGUAAUUUCUAUAAUUCUAGUCCUAACUCUCUAUUUAGUCAAUUUCUCAAUACAUCUCUAACUCCUCAUUUGUUUUAUGUAAAACGCUUGUGUAAACCACAAUUAGACUUUUUAUUACUCUUAAAACAUUAAAGUCUAAUCUGAGCUCCUUUUUUAUCUCUUAUUUCUUUUCUUAAACCCUUUUAAUUGGAGUAUGUGAUUUCAAUUCACAAGUGUUUACUUUUACUUUGAACCAUUACAAAAUAUUACACAUUACAUUACAUUAUUCUUUGAGGUACGUAAUAUUCUUUCAUCUUUGUUUAAUCCAAUAUCUCUUAUUCUUCGAUCACAUUCCCAUUAAAAGUUGGACGUUUGAAUUGAGGGUGAAUUUUAAUCGUAUUUUUCUUCUACAGAGUAACCUUUUGAUUUGACUUAUACGAAUGAACAAUGGUGCCUGUUUCCACACUCGAAUAAAAUAAUGGUUUUUAAUCUGUCUAUACAUAAUUAUUUAAAUUAACAACAAUAAUUUAAAAAACAAACAUAUUACACGUAUAAUAUUUAUCUGUCAAAAGGUCUACAUUUAAGUACAAUCUAAAUAAUAUAUGCAAAUGCAAUUUCUUUCUUUGACUUUAAAUCUCGUUAGGUAUAGUUUUAAUCGUUAAGUUAGUUUCGUAAGAAAAAGAAAAAGUUACGGUUACAAAAUGUGGUAUUUUUUUUUGUUGAAACUUUGAUUUGUUUAUUUUUAGUAGAUAUUCAGUAAGCUAUCUUACGUUUUAGCUUAUAAGUUACAAUGAUGUUUUUUUUUGAAAAAAAAAGUUUAUUAUACUUUCUUUUAACCGUUAUGGUUUGGUUCGUUCUUGAUUACACAACUUUCUGGUUUAAAUUUGGUUGCAAGUCCGCACUGUGCCAUAGAGAACUUAAUUUUUUUCGGUAUAACUUAGCAUUGACGUUUUAAGUAAAUGUGGAGUUGUUUUAUUAUGUAAUAAUAAAUAAAUGAAAUUUUAUACAAUGAAUGCGAAACAAAUUGUAAAUAUAUAAUCAGAAUGUUUUAUAUACAUAUAUAUAUUUUUGGGAAUAAAUUACCGUCAUUGAUA